AUGCACCGGGACCGGGACAAGGCCACCUCCAUACACCGCAAGAUCGCCGGCGCGUCCGCGAUCAACGCAGCAAGAACCUCGAAGGUCGUGCACCUUCCGGCGCGCUGGGCCACGGCGUCCCUCGGCACCAACAACUACGUCGUCACGGUCGGCCUGGGCACGCCGGCGAGGCACUUCACGGUGGAGUUCGACACAGGCAGCGACCUGUCGUGGGUGCAGUGCAAGCCCUGCCACGACUGCUACGAGAAGAAAGACGCGUCGACCUUCUCCACCGUGCCCUGCGGCGCCCGGGAGUGCCGGGACCUCGGCAACUUACGGACCUGCUCUUCGCCGGGCGACCCGUGCCGGUUCGAGGUCGCCCGCGACCUGCCGUCGCUGUACUUCGUCCGGCUCGUCGGCGUCAUGGUCGCCGGGCAGGCGGUGAAGGUCCCAGCGGCGAGAAUGCUCGUCAACUCGGGCACCCAGCGCACCAACCUCCCCGACAGCACGUUCGCCGCGGUCUGGUCGGCGUUCGCGUGCCUGAUGGGGAGGUACAGGAUGCCCAAGGCUAAGAACCCUCUGUAUGCAUUUGUGCGAAAAGAGCUGAAGAGAAGGACGUGCACAUAA